AUGUUGAACAAUAAAGUUGUGCAAUCCCGAGAGCAAUUUCCAUCUCUGAGUCCAAACGAUGAGGCUCAACUUGUUGAAGUCUUGACCAAAUCACUUAAUGGAGGAACGGAAGAACAGAAAAUUGCCGAGAACACUUUACAUCAAGUUGAAAAGAGAAAUGGCUAUCUGUCACUUUUGUUGCAAAUUAUAACAAAAACAACAGUUGAACAACAGGCUAGAUAUUUAGCACUUAUUUGUUUGAAAAAUUCAGUUGAUACUUAUUGGAGACCAUCAGCUAAUUAUGUUAUUUCUAAUCAAGAAAAGGAAUAUGUUAAACAAGGUUUAUUAAAAUUAAUAAUUUCAGAUAAUAAUGAUGAAUUGUUAAAUAAUAACCAAUUCAUUAUUCAAUUCGCUUUAUCUAUUGCUAAAAUUGCAAGAAUUGAUUAUCCAACUGAUUGGAAAGAUUUAAUUGAAAAUAUUGUUCAAUGCAUAACAUCAUCAAGUUCUGAACAAGUUAGAAGUAAAUGUUUAAUUGUAUUGAAACAAUUUGUAAAAGAACAAUCAUCUAAAAAUUUGGUAGAAGCAAAGAAAAUAUUUAAAGAAUUUUCACAAAAUAUUGUUGGAUUUACUUGUCAAUUAUGGUUUUAUUAUGCCAAUAGAAUUUAUCAAUCAAUUGGUAAUAUUAAUGAUUUGGAAUAUAAUAAUUGUUUAGUUUGUUCGAGAAUUAUUUGGAGAUUAAUUGCUAUGGGUAUUUCUGUAAUUGAUAAAAAUAGUACUAUUAUGGAUUUUUUAGGAUCACUUUCGGAUAUAAUUUCUAAAUAUUAUCAAGUUUCACAGAGUUUAAUUACUUCUGGACAAAAUAGAACUGAAAAUUUUGAUAAGAUUAUUUGUUUAUUAGCUUCAUUUAUUAAAAUACCAUUAAGAGUUCAAUCUAAACAUCAAAUAGGAUUUAGAAAAUUACUUUUACCAUAUUGUAUGAUAUUUUCUAAAAUGGUUUUUGAAAAUGAUCCAUACGCUCCAACAACAGAUUUUAAAGUUUUCUUUAGAGCUUUAACAUUUUUAAAAUUUGUUGUUGAAUGCACAAAAUAUGAUAAGGAUAAUGGAAAUGAGGGUGCUGAAGCUUUUGAAAUUGUUCAUAAUCAAUUCUUUACUGAUGAAGUUUUGAGAAAUUUUGUUUCAUGUCUCGUUACUAAAUAUAUGGUUGCUUCUGGAGAUGAAUUAGAUAAAUGGAAUGAAGAUCCAGAAGAAUUUGUAAAGGAACAAGAAUUAGAUAGAGAUGAUACUUUAAAAGCAGCAGGAGAAUAUUUGUUUUUAGCUAUUAUGGGAACUUUUGAAUCGAGAAUUUCAAAAUUUGUUGUUCAAUUUACUGAACAAAUGUUACAAGAAACAUAUGGCUCUCUUGAGAAUCAAAAGAUAAUUUUGCGUGAUGCUUGUUAUUCAGCAGUUGGUUGGGCAUCCUAUCAUCUCUAUAAUGAUAUUCAAUUUCCUCAAUGGUAUGCAAGUAUGCUGAGGAAGGAAUUAUUACCAACUGAAGAAUUUGCACUCAAUCCAAAAUAUAAUGUCAUUAGAAGAAAAUGUAUGUGGAUUUUAGGAAGAUGGGUUGAAAGAUUUGAUCCAACAGUUAGAAAAGAUAUUUUGCAAACAUUAAUGACAAUAUUAACAUCAAGUAAUGAUAUUGUUUUACAAUUAACUUCAUUGAUAACUUUAAAAACAAUCAUUAGUGAAGAUAUUGAUUUUGAACCAAAUGAUUUUGUUGAACAUCUUGAACCAUUUAUGAAAAUUUUAAUUCACAUUUUAAGUAAUGUUGAACAGGAAGAUACAAAAUUAUCACUUUUAACACUUAUUAGUUUUGUUGUUGAAAAGAUGGACAAUAAGAUUUUACCAUAUUGUGAAGUUUUGGUUAAAAUGUUACCAGUUUUAUGGAAUUCAUGUUUUGAUUCUACACUUGUUAAAACUCAAGUUAUUUCUGCAUUAUCUAAAAUUGUUAAAUUACUAGAAAGUAAUUCAGUUAUUUUAUAUGAAUUUUUAUUACCAUUAAUUAGUUAUAGUACUGAUGUUGAGCAAGAAGAACAUGCCUAUUUUAUUGAAGACGCAUUAGAAUUAUGGCAUUCAACUGUUCAAUAUGCUCCUGAACCAGUUCAAGGUUUAAUGUCAAUUUUCCCUAAUCUUGUUAAAAUUAUUGAUACAUCUUACGAUUACCUUGUUUUAGCAUUAAGAAUUAUUGAAAGUUAUAUUUUACUUGGUAAAUCACAAUUUUUAGGAACAUUUGGAAGUCAAUUGAAUGAAAUUUUCCUCAAUAUUUUAAACAAUGCCAAACCAAAAGUAAUUUACAUUUGUACAAAUAUUAUUGAUUUGAUUUUUACUGAAUUCCCACUUGAAGCUUCAACACAUUUUAUUGUUCCAGUUAAACACAUGAUGGAAAUGUUUUAUGCAAAGGAAGAAAAGAAUGAAGUUUUAGUUAAUUUCCUUUGCGUAUUCUCUAGAUUAUUAUUCUUUAACAAGAAUUUAUUCUUCCAAAUUUCAGAAACAAUUCAAAAAGAAAAAUCAAUUCAACAAGGAUCAGUUUCACUUGAUGUCAUUGAUUUGUGGAUUUCAUUAUUUGAUUCAAUUGUUUCAAGUUUCCAUAGAAAAUUUAGUACAUUGGCACUUUUAUCACUUUAUCCAACCAAUAAUAAUGAAUUGUUAAAUAGAUUUGGAAAGAUUUUAAAUAUUUCAGUUCAAGUUUUGUAUGAUAUGGAUAAACAAAGUGAAUUAACAAAGAGAUUAACAGGUGAAGAUGAAGAAGAUGGAAUUACAAUGAAUAAUGAAUUUGAUAGAAAGAGAUUAUCUGCCAGAAAUGAUGUUCUCAUUCAAAUGGACUUUUAUGAUUAUCUUCAUGCUAAAAUGAAUGAAAUGGCUCAAAUGGUUGGAAAUCCAAAUGAUUUUAAAUUAUUUUUACAAUCCAUUGCUGAUAGUGAAACUUUAACACGAUUAGAAUCUUUUAAAAAAUCAUCAUCAUCAUCACCAUCAUUAAUAUAA